AUGUGGAAACAAUUGGAGGUGGUAGAUGGUGCGGUCUCAAAAUCGGGCGAUGCAGACGCGAUUAGUACACCGACAAGGCGUGACGCGGUGAUUGUAGGCGAGACGAUACCCGGCCAAGGCGAAACAAUUGGAAGUGGUAGAUGGUGCGGUCUCAAAACCGUUUCUCUGGCCCUGUUGGUCAUGCUUGAAAUGCCUUUCUUCAUUUGUACUCUGCAGUUGAUGGCCUGCGAAAUGGAUAUCAUAACGACGAAGGCUAUGUCUCUAGUUGCCAAUGAAGGUUCGAUGAGAUGUGGAGUGUUUUCCAGGCAUUAUUGUGGCCUGAAGAAUCCCUACACACAGAACUUAUACAGACCGGCUCCAAAAGUUGAUUUAACUUGUCAUCGAAAGAGACGUGCGUGGCGAAUAUCAUUUAGUCUCAACACCGAGGGAUUGGCAGCAAAUAACGAGCAAGGCAACAACAACAACCCAGAUGAGGAUGCUUCUUCUUCAGGCUUAUUAGGGGCGACCCGUUUGGGAAGGAUAGUUACUGCAGGGGGUAAGCAGCUGCUCAGCAAACUGAACUCGACCCGUAAAAAUUUCCCCAUGAAAGUAUUUCUAUUGCUCUUGGGGUUCUACACGGCUAAUGCGCUUGCUACGAUUCUCGGGCAGACAGGGGAUUGGGAUGUUUUAGUUGCAGGCAUUGUUGUUGCUGCUAUCGAGGGUAUUGGCAUGUUAAUGUACAAAAAGUCCCUCAUGGCUGGACGACUGCAAUCUCUUGUUGUGAUGGUAAACUACUGGAAAGCUGGCGUGUGUUUGGGGUUGUUUGUUGAUGCUUUUAAACUAGGCAGCUGA